UAAUAUGACAGGGACUUCUCACUUGCUCAGUACAGAGCUGCCUUCAGCCUGAUCACGUUGUACUGAUCUGUCGGGUGUCUGUCCACAAUGGCCGAGAAGCAGACCAAAGAAAAGGACAAGCAAGUUGAUAAUGAAAAAAAUGUAGAAGGCGGAACAGAUGGAGAGGCUGACACAGAGAAUGUAGAACUCCCUGACCUGGGGCCUUUUGAAACAAUUACAGGACAACGCAUGCCAUCCCCUUUCUUCAAAUUCCAGUUCAAAAAUGUAGAAUAUUCUUCAGGACGGAACAAAACCUUCUUAUGCUAUUCAGUGGAGAAAAAGGGCACAGAUUGUGAGAGGUUGGAGGGAUACGUGGAGGAUGAGCAUGCAAGCACACAUGCAGAAAAUGUCUUUUUCACAGAUGUCUUCAUGGAGUGUGAUGGCAGCCUGAGCUACUCCAUCAUUUGGUACGUGUCCUCCAGUCCUUGCGCAGUCUGUGCUUCCAAAAUCGCUGAGUACCUGAGCAAGUGUCCCAACGUUCGACUUACCAUCUUCAUAGCCCGCUUAUUCAUGUGGGAGGAGGCUGAGGUCCAGCAGGGCCUGCGGCAGCUGCAUGAGGCCGGUUGUCGAUUGAGGAUCAUGAAGUCUCCAGAGUAUAAUUACUGCUGGAACACCUAUGUCGACAACGAGGGAGAGGCUUUUGCACCUUGGGAAGACCUUCAAGACAGCAGCACAUUUUACGAAGGAAGACUAAAUGAAAUUCUACAUCAUGCCUAGAAAGAGUAUGGGUGCUGUAUGCCAAUCACUUCAGUAGCUCUACAUGAUGCAGUGGGACAUCUGGGAAGAAGCUAAACUCAUAUAUUCUAUUUCACUUGGACUGAACUGAAAUGAUUUUCUUUAACUUCUCUUACCACGUAUCUUAAGUUUGUUGAAUUACCAUUUCCUGUUUAUCUCCAACUUCAGUUCUUAGCAAGUAGUCACUGUACCUUAGGAAAGGAGGUUCAGAACUGCCGAGUAAUGCAGUUAUUUCAAAACCGGUCUGCCUUAAGUUUAUAAAGUUUGUGUUCAUGUAGGUUUACAAUAUGGUAAUAAAAUAAUGUUUCCCAUAGAGAACACCUCUGUUAUGUAACAGAUAUCACGGCUGACAAUAUAGGAUUAUAUUCAAUAUCCAAAAUAUGUCAGUCAUCGCUGACACUGUGUUUUACAAUAAAAUAUCAACUGCU